GCAGCUGGCGCCUCCUCCCCUGCGGAGGGAGGGAAGCGCUGGUGCCAACCCCGGAGGAAAGCGACGGGGCAGAGGCGGUGCCGGGCGAGCAGCGCCGUUGCAAGGGGCUGGUGGGCGGCUGAGCCUGGAGUCAGCAGCGGGGAGAGCCAGGUGCACCCGCCUUUGCUCUGCGGGGACCAGGGCUGGGAGGGAGAGUUGGGAGCGAGUUGUACGCGGGCUGGCUAAGUCUCGGCGGCGGCGACAGCAGCAGAGGAGGCUCCUUCCCCUGCCUCUCCCUGCGCAGUCCACAAGCAGCCCGGGGCGGGGAAGAAACUCCGCGAAGAGGAAGGAAGCGGAGGGGGGCACCCCCAGCGGCUCGGCUCGGCUCGGCUGCGUGCUGCGGCCGCUGUCAGUGUGUGCCCGGCUCUCCCUCUCUGCAGGCCGGGGCCAGGCUGCAGCCCGGCGGGCGGGGAGCGUGGCUGGCCGGGGGCAGGUUGCCGGCUGGCGUGUGUGGGGUGGGCAGGAGGCGGGGAUAUUUGUAACUUCCCCUUUGCUUUGAACCCUGCCCCGCUGCCAAGUUCUCGGGUCUGGAGCCGAGCGGUUGCAGGCCCCGCCCCCUGGGCGAUGCGGGGCUGGGCCGGGAGAGCUCCCACUCGCCGGGGUAGUGGCACCAGUCCGCUCCCAGCGCCGCAGUCCGAGGGCCCCCCGCGCUACCUUGAGCCCGCAGCUCGCCCCGCUCGCGCAGCAGGUCGCAGCGCUGCCCGCCGCACCGCGGGGUAGGAUCGACUCGCGCCGCCGGCCAUGGGGGGCAAUCUGGGCUGCCACCGCUCCAUCCCCCGGGACCCCUCGGACCUCUGCCACAGCCGCAAGUUCAGCGCGGCGUGCAACUUCAGCCACAUCCUGGUCAACCAGGAGCGGCUGAACAUCAACAGCGCCACGGAGGAGGAGCUGAUGACCCUGCCCGGCAUCACCCGCACCGUGGCGCAGAGCAUCGUGGAGUACCGGGAGUACAUCGGGGGCUUCAAGAAAGUGGAGGACCUGGCGCUGGUGAGUGGCGUCGGGGCCGCCCGGCUGGAGCAGGUCAAGUUCGAGAUCUGCGUGAGCAGCAAGGGCAGCUCGGCGCAGCACUCGCCCAGCUCCCUGAGGAAGGACCCCAACCCCGAGCCGCUGCCUCACCUGGCCGCCGCCAGGCUCAACAUCAACACGGCCUCGCCGGCCCAGCUCAUGAGCAUCCGCGGCGUCACGGAGAAGAUAGCCCACGGCAUCGUGGACUACCGCAAGGAGCACGGGCCCUUCAGAAGCAUCGAGGACCUGGUGAAGAUGGACUGCAUCAACUCCUCCUUCCUGGACAAAAUCAGGCACCAGAUUUUCACCGAGAGGUCACGGCCCCCUUCCACCAAUACCAACGGGGGGCUCAGCUUCACCGUCAAUCCUCACCCCAGCCCCACCUCGCUGAGCCUCCAGAGCGAGGACUUGGAUUUCCCACCUGGGGGCCCGACCCAGAUUAUAUCCACUCGCCCCUCGGUGGAGAUGUUUGGCGGGGUGAGAGAUGGCAAGCCUGUGCUGAGGGUGGCUACCUGGAAUCUGCAAAGCUGCUCUGUUGAAAAAGCCAACAACCCUGGUGUGCGAGAGGUUGUGUGCAUGACACUGCUGGAGAACAGCAUCAAGCUCUUGGCAGUGCAGGAGCUGUUCGAUAGAGAUGCUUUGGAAAAGUUUUGUAUGGAGUUGAACCAGCCAACUCUGCCAAACAUCCGCAAAUGGAAGGGCCCUAGAGGAUGUUGGAAGGGUGUUGUUUCCGAGAAACCUUCAGGCGAGCUACAUAAGGGUGUCGAAUAUUCAGGCUUCCUCUGGGACACGACGGCUGGCAUUGAGCUGAAGGAUGCCUCCUCCCAGGAAAACGCACACACUAAUGGCAAUGGGAAACAUGCCUACCCUCACCCUUACCUUGCACAUUUCAAGAUUGGAAUGAAUGAUCUAACACUGGUUAACCUUCAUCUGGCCCUGUCACCAUUAGCAGGAGAGAAUACAGAGAAGAAUCAUGAUAGCCACAAAUUAGCAGUCUUUGCACAGACUCUGCAAGAAACACUGAAAGGAGAAAAAGAUGUGAUCAUUUUAGGAGAUUUUAACCAAGCCCCAGACAGCAGUGACCUCGAUCUUUUGAGAAAAGAAAAGUUCCAUCACCUAGUCCCUACAAAUACAUAUACAAACAUCAGCACAAAGAAUCCUCAGGGAUCUAAGUCACUGGAUAACAUCUGGAUCAGUCGAAGCUUGAAAAAGGUCUUCACAGGUCACUGGGCUGUUGUGAGAGAAGGCCUUACAAAUAUAUGGAUCCCUGAUAACUGGUCCUGGGGAGGAGUGGCUUCAGAACACUGCCCUGUAUUAGCUGAAUUUUACAUGGAAAAGGACUGGAACAGAAAAGAGGUGACCCGAAAUGGAAACGGGGUGACCGUGGAACGCAGUGAUUCAAACAUUAAACAUGAACGAUGAUGAACUAGGGGUUGACAGGACCCAGUGAGAAGAUCCCAUCGCUUGAGGCUCAACUGUGAAGCAGAACUGCCUCCCCGCCCCAUUUAGAAAGCAUCAGCCUCUGCUUCUGAUGUCUCUCCCCUACCCCUCCCUACCCUCCUAGUGCCCCUCAUGGAUGUUUUAGGGUAUCUCACUGCAGCACAGCGAUUUGUAACUUUUUACGGACGCAAUGGACGCUUUCACGCCUCGGGACUUGGAGGAGAAUCAUACAGAAAAUAAAAUGCACUUUUACUGUGGCACAUUAUCUCUGUUUAAACCCAGUGGAACAGGGCUUUUGUUGUUGUUGAUGUUUUUAAUUGAUUCCUUGUAAAGUGAAGCAAUAAUGGAGACCAUAAAAAGAGAAAAGAGA